AUGGCUGGUUUUCUAAUGCAAGAUAACAGAGUAUCAAAAACGGAUGGCUGCAAGAUUUUGCAAGUGGCAGACAACGACGCAGCGGUUGAUUCUUUUGGCUCGUCAAUGUCGGCUGUCACGGAGCAGUCAGAAGCUUCAUCGUCAUUCGUUUCAAGUAAAGCCACAACUCCGGUAGAGAUAGAGUUCUCAAAACUCCAGCGCGGUGAUAAAGUGAGCCAACGACUUGUACCGAAAACAUACCACCGUAGCCACGAGCGGCUAAGCUUGACUGUCCGACCAAAGUCAUCGAUCCCCGCCGAUAUUCCAGUCCACCAACACGCUGCUGAAUGCCUUGAUGCCGCAGAAUCCUCUCGACUAAAACCGUAUGCCUUGAAUUCUGAGGAAUAUCAUCUUUUACGGCAUCACAUCUCUCACAGUCAAGUCACAACAUAUCUAAACAUAAGAAAUGCGAUCUUGCGUAUUUGGUUACAGAAGCCAUGGGCUAUUGUGACGAGGCGAGAAGCAGUUGGCUGCGCCAAUGCAAGAUGGUUCGAUGCUGCCAAUGUCUGCUACGACUGGCUGGUUCGAAGAGGAUAUAUUAACUACGGCUGUGUCAAACUUCCCGACGUCCCUACGAUGAAAAGUGGAACGUUCAACGAUAGAAAGCGAAGGAAAAUCGCCGUAAUUGGCGCGGGCAUAUCAGGUCUGGCGUGUGCCAGACAGUUGGAGGGGCUUUUCAAACAAUAUGCGGAAAGAUUUUAUGAUAUGGGUGAGGAUAUUCCGAAAGUUGUUCUCCUUGAGGGACGAAGUCGCGUUGGGGGAAGGGUGUAUUCUCGAGAAUUCAAGACAAAGCUCAAUGAUCAAAGGCCAGAAUUCGAAGGUAAAAGACAUACAGCAGAAAUGGGAGGCAUGAUCAUAACUGGCUUCGAGCGUGGCAAUCCUAUCAACGUCUUAGUUCGGGGACAACUCGGUCUACCGUAUCAUGCCUUGACAGCAGAAACCACCAUUUAUGACAGCAAUGGUAAACCUGUAGACCCAAUUCGAGACGAGCUAGUGGAAAAGCUUUACAACGAUUGCUUGGACCGAGUAAGUGAGUACAAGUUCAAAGCACAGCCGUCAAAAGUAAUUGAAGGCAACCGUGACCUUCUCGACGAAGGUCGCGACAGUCCAGGGGAUGGCAGCAAAACGAUAAUGCAAGCAGAAGAAGCAACCGCAGCACUCCCGCAUGCACCGUCGGUUUCAGAGCAGAGCGUCCCAGAAAAGAUCAACCUCGUUCCCGUGUCAGCCGACAAGUUGACUGGCCGGGUUCAUAACCAACCCGGUGUUCCAGCUUCUGAAAAGGUAGCGGAGAAGGCAGGAAUGAUGGGCUGGAGCCUCAAGCCUGGAGCCAACGAAGACUUUGAUCUGAAUCUUGAGGAUGCUGUGUCUCGACGCGGUUCAACGCUGGGAUCAGUCCUCGAUCAUGGAGUCACUCGGUACAAGGAUCUGGUUGAUUUGACUCCCCAAGACCACCGUUUAAUCAACUGGCAUAUUGCCAACCUCGAAUACAGCAAUGCCACAAACUUACACAAUCUGAGUCUUGAAUUAUGGGACAUUGAUGCCGGGAAUGAAUGGGAAGGAAAUCACACCAUGGUCAUUGGCGGUUACCAAAGUAUUGCCCGUGGACUGCUUCAAUGCCCGACGCCCCUUGACCUAUCUACAAAGUUUGCAGUAAAAUCUAUCAAGUAUCAAAGCACAAGCUUUGAGGGCCCGGCAACCAUCGAAUCUGAAGAUGGCGUCAGCGUCAGCGCCGACAAUAUCGUUUGUACCGUACCCCUUGGCGUCCUCAAGCAAGGGAGUAUCAAUUUUGAACCUGCAUUGCCUGCUUGGAAACUUGGUGCGAUAGAACGCUUGGGAUUCGGCAUCCUGAACAAAGUUGUGCUUGUUUACGAUGAGAUAUUUUGGGAUCCCCAGCGACACAUCUUUGGAGUUUUGAGAAACUCUCCGAAUAGAUACAGCACAUCACAGGAAGACUACGCCCUCAAUCGCGGCCGCUUCUUCCAGUGGUUCAAUGUUACGCACACCACUGGACUUCCAUGCCUGAUUGCUCUAAUGGCUGGGGAUGCUGGCUUCGAAACUGAACGCUCCAAUAAUGAAAGCCUGGUCGAGGAAGCCACUGAGAUUCUUCGUGGCGUAUUUGGAAAUAAGGUUCCAUAUCCAGUCGAGUCUGUAAUCACCCGCUGGGGCUCCGAUCGAUUUGCCAGGGGGAGCUACUCAUCUGCAGCCCCAGGGAUGCAACCAGAAGACUAUAACAGCAUGGCCCGAUCCGUUGGCAACCUCGUUUUUGCCGGAGAGCACACUAUUGGCACACACCCGGCCACAGUUCACGGCGCAUAUCUGUCUGGGCUGCGGGCGGCUUCCGAGGUUCUAGAGAGCAUCCUCGGUCCCAUCGAAGUCCCUACACCACUCAUCCUGCCAAAGGACUCUCUUCUCUUACAAAAACGCAAAGAAGCAGCAAAAGACCCCCGGCAAGCACGCCUCGAAGCCUACGAACUCGAGGUCUGGGACCACAUCCGAGGCCAAAUAGGCGAGCGGCCCCUUCGCCCCAACAAGGUCGCAGGAAACGCCUACCUUCUCUACAGCAAAGAGCACAGUGAAGAAGCCCGCAAGCGCUGCGAAGAGAACCGCAAGCCAGGAAAGGCACGUAGUUUCCCCAAUGAAGUGCGCAUGAUGACGUCCAAGAUGUGGAAAGAGACCCCGCCGGAGCAACGGCAGCCAUACGAGGAACAGGCCGCGGAGCAGAAGAAGGCAUAUAAUACAGCUCUCCAGGUGUACAAUGCAACGGUCCAUGAAUGGGACCAGAAGGCUAUUGCCCUCCGAGCCGAGUACGAAAGAGCGCAUCCUAGCGUGCCUGGGCCGGAGGAAUUGCGCGAAGAGCAAGGCACCCCUAACAAGUAUCGGCGUGCUAAGCAGGUCAGUUAUGCGGAAGGGCGUGACGCGGACAUGGACGUGUAA